GGUGAUGGAAGAGGCCAGCGGGAGAGUUUCAGAGCUGAUUCCAGUGGUGCUAUUUCCGCGGCUGCCAGGCUUCGUCCCAUCCUCUGUUCAGUAACAGCGCCCAUUCUCAUCCCGAAUCACCAUGAAGCCAGUCCACGAGCGCAACCAGGAGUGCCUCCCUCCCAAGAAGCGGGACCUCCCUGUUAACAACAACAACAACAACACCUCUACCUACAACCAUAACAGCAGUAGCAUCAGCAGCAGCAUUGGGAGUGCAGGGGGAGGAGGUGAGGAUGCCCCAUCUUCACAAUGCUCUGGUGUGAGUGGAGAAGGUAGUGGCGAAUGGGUGCGAGCCCAGCCGAGCGUGCAUUAUGGGAUGGAUGGUGGUGAGGGUCUCGUUGGGCUUCCUGUGGAUCAGUAUAGCAUGCUUUAUAAAGUAGCUCUGCCCGCUGGCACCUACUCACCCACCAAUCUGCACCCCAUUCUUAGCCACAUUUCUCCUGCCUACACCGUUCCCUCCCAGGUGUUACAGCACACGAGCGUUCCCUACCCUCCGCUCUGCUACGCCCAGAUCCCUCACUCCUCAUUGCAGUUUGUUAGCUCUCCCUACGGAGCUGCGGUUCCCUACGCCGUGCCUCCGGGAUUCGUUCCCAGCCCUUUGAUACCAUCUCAGUCCGCUAUUUCCCAGCCGCACUCUGUUUCCCACCUGGUUCCGUAUCAGUCAGUCAUUCAGGAAGGAGUUGGCUCUCCGCAGCAGCAGAUCUCGACCCAUGCCUACACCAAAAUGGGAGUUCCUCUGGUGCUCCCUUCUGAGCAAACGGCGACACAAGCGCCGCUCGGCACUUUAUUAGCUGUUCUUUGGGUCCAGCAGGUGGUCGGACGAUUUGCCUCUCCUGUCCACGGCACAAGUCGCAAGGAAGCAGCGCAUGUCCCUCUGAACCUGUCUCAAAGCUCUCAGAGGGGUCGAGAGACUCAGGGCGAAGUCAGAACACCUUAUGCAUCAAAUCCAGCUGAAUCUAGAGCACAUCAGCAGCAGAUUGUUCAACAAAGCCAUGCCGUUAUCCUGGCCAAUGGGCAGCCUGUUCUUGUGCCUCUCGACUACCAUCACCACCCACAGCAGCAGCAGCAUUUUCAACCCAACGAUGUGGCCUCGGCAGCAAUCGCUGCUUCUCCUGCUGCAUAUAAUAAAGCCAUGGAUGCAGUAGCAUGUCUCCCAGAGCGGGCGGUGGUGGAGCUGCCUUCCCAACAGGGGCAACAGCCCUCCCAGCAGCCUCCUGGUACUUUCCCACAGGCUCCUCUGCUGGCACCCUCCGGCCCGUCGCACUUCAUGAAGGGCGCCAUCAUCCAGUUGGCUACUGGAGAGCUCAAGCGCGUAGAAGAUCUGCAGACUCAGGACUUCGUGCGGAGCGCAGAAGUGAGCGGCGGGCUGAAGAUCGACUCAAGCAUGGUAGUGGACAUCCGCGCUAGUCAACAGCGACCCGGUCUAGUGGCGCUGCAUUUCAACGUGGGGGAGCAGCAGAGCAAAGUGACUAUAGAUGUUCCCCCCGAACACCCGUUUUUCGUUUUUGGCCAGGGCUGGUCGUCUUGUAGCCCUGAGCGGACUGCCCAACUGUACGGUCUCACCUGCCAACAUCUGCAAGUGGGCGAUGUCUGCGUGUCUGUGACGCUGCAGCAGCAAACCGCGUCGCAGCAGAAACCGCCCCAGCAAGUUCAGGCCCGGACUCCCACCAAAGUCAACUCCACGUCAGGAGCCCCACCUCAGCCCAUGGGCCCCCCUGCGCCCCAGCACACCCCUCGGCCACAAAGCCAAUUAAAAAUGGAGCGCAUCCAUCGAGAGAGGGACCGGGACAAGGAGGAGCCCAUGCAGGUAUUGGGUUCGAGACAUGUCGACGUGACCCCAAGACCGAACAGGACUUCAGCAGAGCACACUCGGAGCCAGAGCAACUACUAUUUGCACCCUGAGGGUCAUGCUCCACUGGGAACUGGAGCGGGAGCCUCUUCCGUAGGGGCAUCCCUGAGGCGCUGUUCUGCCCCUGGCUUCCAAAGAUACAGCAUCAAGAAUGAGGAUGGAGGGAGUUUAGCAUCAGCUGCCACCUCUGGCUCCUCUCGGCCGUCGUUUAUCCCUCAGGAGGUCAAGCUUUCCAUCGAGGGGCGCUCGAAUGCCGGGAAGUAGCAGACAAAAGAGAUUGUCCAUGGGAGCGAAGUGUCAGUCGGGCGAACGAAUGCGAAAGAGGGAGCGUGGUCAGAGGGAGAGAGAAUGUAGCCUCAGAAUGUUUGAGAUUUUGCACAUAUUGGAAGAUUCCCCCUGCCGCCCCCUCCGGUUCUGGUCUCGAGCAGAGGACUUUUGUGUCAGGUCAUAGUCAGCAUUCGCAAUGAUCUGCAUGGGCAGCUUUAUCUGGUUAAUCACGUACCAAAGCUUGCAUCGUCUGCGUGUUCCUGUGGGUGAACUAUCAUGUUUGGCAGUGAUCACUUGCUCAAAGAUAUCUUGCAGUUCCUCGAGUAGAUGUUUAUUUCAGAAAGGCCAGGGAUAACAAUGGGAUACAGCCAUAGAGUCUUGACAAGCCUUUACAAUAAGAAUAAAUAUAUAUUUUAAAGAAGGACAAAAGAGGAUAGAUUGCUCAACUUUUCCCCCCUAAAAGAACGUUGACUGUUUCCCUUGUUGCGCCGCCAGGCUUUUGUUGGCUAAGACCUUAAAACUUGGACAGUUUUUAAUGCAUCUCUCUCUCUAGAGGUGUGUUUGUCCUCUCUUUCCUACACUCUCCUCCUCUCCCUGCCUCUUCUCAGGGUGCUUCUGCUGAGGAAUCCUUUCUAGUCUGGAGUUUGAGAACAGUUGCCCAGCGCCGUCACAUCAAUCAAUUGAUCCAACAAUCUUUCUGCAAUCAGGAACUAUUUCCAGAUGAAGUCUAGCAUGCAUCUUAACAGUUGGAUUAACAACUCCUCAGAGGUUUUUAGUUUUGAUUCAUGAGUGGUUCUGAAUCUGCAUUCCAGUUUCAAUGUGAACUCUCCUCCUCGACCCAUUGGAGUUAUCAUUUCCCAGUAAGGCCGGCCUAGGAAAACCACCUCUAAAUAGUACCUCAUGGUUGGAAGCAUCCAUCAGUCUGAUUAUUAACUAUUUUUAUUUAAUCUUACAUUGUUGUGCCCUUUUCCUGGAGACAACAUGUGGUGUCAGCCAAAAUCAGCCCUGCUUGCGAAGCUGAGGCCAAAUGCAGAACAGGUUCUAGCUGUUUGCGAACAGCCUGUUCCUGUGGAAACUGAUUAUUGCUCUGAAGCAUGCAGGUUUAAAUAGUCGUCCCGUGGAAGCGUUUAGCACACACAUGUGUAGAGUCACUGCUGUUGGGUGUGAACUGACCCUGCUCAGUUAUCAAAAUCAAAGCAAUAGUUGUCAGAACACAUUUUUCUUGUUUUCUUUUUUUUUAUCCAGUACAAGACAGAUUACUCCUUGUAUUUAAAUUUUUCUAUGUGCAACAGUUGCAGUCUGUAUGUGGAAACAUUUUUAACCUUAUCCUACGCUUCUCUUGAUUUGCUAAGAUGAUGCAGUUUUACUUUGUGAUAAUCCUCAUUCUAACAGUUACUACAGGAGUUAAUUUAAAGCAUGCAAUUACCCUUAAAACAACACCUCUUUCAUUUAGGUAGGUUUUCUUUCUGACUUCAGUGAUGACUAAUAUGAAGGCACACCUCGAAAUGGGGCUUUUCUAAAACACCCACUGAUUAGGAUGUUCAGAAUCAGCUCUUGUACUUUAUAGAUAGAUCUUAGCCCCUUACGUUGUGUCCUAACCAGGUAUAAGACAAGUGAUAAAAGUCAUGCUUGAGUUGCAGUGUGUCGCGUCUGCAAAAAGCCCUAAGCAACAGGACGCUUAGUCUUUCACAUUUGUUGGUUUUUACUUUUGUGGUAUUGUGCUCUGUAGCUCCGCCCAUUGUUAAAACCUCAAUGGUCCAAAUUCGUUCCAUAGGUUUUGACAGGCUGUGAUUUUGUCGCAGGCAUGUUUGGAUGGACAAAUUCACUGGAAAUGUGUCACAUCAUACCUGGUUAGGACCAGUGUUGAACUGAAAACUUAUCUCGAAACAGCUCUUCUCUGGAAAGAGCCUCAUUAAUAUACACUUUCUAAUCUGUGCUGAGGUUUCUUCUUUGGUUUUUGUAAUUGGUGAACUCUUGUACAGUAUUGCGUUCUGUCUCUCUUCUUGGCAAUAUUACCCACGAGUGAUUUUUAAAACUUGUACUGCAGGUCUUGUAUUGCACAGAUAAGUUCAAUUGAUUCACGCUGACUCUUUAAUGGGAAUCAGAUAUGUGUUUUAUUGUUUUUGUAUUUUAAUAAUGAAGGGAAAAUGUUUGUGUUGUUUUGAAGUAUUCAGUUUUGUUGGUGGUUUUUGGCUCAUGAGAAACUGACAAGCAAGGUUGACACUGUUUACAGAUUAGCCAAGAGAAAAUGCUGCAGUUUCACUUUUCAUAGUUACUGAACAUUUUCAGAUGGAUGAAAUCAUGACUUAAGUGCAAUUAGACCAAAUAUUAUAAACAUUAGGAAGCUCAUGUUUUGUUUCAAAACAGCAUUCCAGAAAGAGCCUGACAUUCCCACUUUAUUUCUUUCUUUUUUUUUAUAUAGUUUCUCUUUUUCCCUUUCAAUAUUUUGAUGCUACUUACAUAUGUCAGAUGCAAAUGUUUAUUUCCAUUUCGGCCCAAGUUCUUUCAUGAGACCUUUGCUAUUUCUCUGCGUUGUUGGCUCUUGGCAUUGCUGGGCUGUCUGUGUUUGGACCAGGAUUUAAUUGAACUCUUUUGGCCUCCUUACAAUCACUCAAGGCUUUAAGAGAAGAUUUUUUUUGUUCUUUUAGGUAAGAAAGAAUAUAUUUUUUUAUAUAAAUGUAGCGCUAGCAUUGAACCAGUUAAAUUUCGACUUCCUCCAAACUGCAUCGACCUCAACGAUACCACAUGUCUGUGAAGUUUUUAGACCUCUAAUGUUAAAGAGAAGAAGUUCAGAAGGGGUAUAGACAAGGGUCGUCACUUGAAUUCACAUGACUCGUUGCAAAUUAUGAGGGUGCGUCCCCGUUGAUGACGACCCUGGUAUAAAGCCACCUGGUUUUUCAGCAUUACCAUCAAGUCUGAUUUAAACUAAAUUAAGAAGUGGCAAUGUGUGUAUCGAGUAUAACAGUAUUUGGUUUUAAUCACCUUAAAUUGGUUCAAAUCCAUUUGUUGUUUCCAUUUAUGAAGCAUUUCACAAGCAUCAUCUGUUAGUAUUUUGUUUGAAGACUCCUUCUUAAAAGGAGUCCCACUUUCAUGCUAUUUUUAAUCUGGUCUCAAAUCUAGUACAUGUUAUUUCUUCCUUCCUCUGUCCCCUUUGUCCCAGAACGUUAUGGUGGCACUUUGGACCCCUUUAAGUUCACAGAGGCUGUUUUGUUAUAGUUCACGUUCAACCUGGUGUGAACUGUCUAAAAGGGCCACAAUUGUCACCUAAAGCCUUGUAGACAAAUUGAAUAUCUUUCCAACCAGGAAAAACAGCUUAAACUGGCCUGAUCUGGUCUUCUGGGCUCAAGCCAGUUGGUCUGCCAGCUUGAGAGGCCAGCUUCAGCUGGUUUAAGUUAUUACAUUGUUCCUUCACAGACAGGGAAAAAUUAUUUGUAUAAAGGCUGUUAUUCAAAAUUCAGACCUGCUCCAUUAUUUUAAGUAUUAGAAUUGAAUUGAAGCAAUACUUGACCCGAAAUAGCAGAACGAUACAGCUUUAGCAUGAGCUAUGCAGUAGAGACUCAGUCAGCACCCUAAUGCAGUUUCAAUACUCGGAUCUCACCAGAAGUCAGCUGCACGUCCAAUAUCGCUGCACAUUCUGUGUUUUUCUAGAAACCCACAGGCUCUGUGACCUUUAUGGUAGUGGUUAGUAAUCGCACUACCAAGUCACGUAACCCGAAGCUUAUCUGGUGCCGCUUGUUUGGUGCUGAAUGUUUUUUUUUUUUUUUUUUUUUUUU